AUGGACGAUUUUAAUCCUUGCGAAGAGCUUCUUCCAACCAUUGUGGACCACUAUGCCGCGGUCUAUCCGGAUAGGAUCUAUGCGGAGUAUCCAAACGUGACUACAACCUACGAGAAAGGCUAUCGCAAGAUCACGUAUCGGGAUUUAUCUAACGCCGUGAACGGGCUCGCAUGGUUCUUGACCAAUACACUCGGCCCCGGCGACGGCACGGAGACGUUGCCCUACGUUGGCCCGAACGAUCUGCGGUAUCCGGCUCUUGCUGUCGGUGCUAUGAAGGCUGGUUAUCGGAUAUUCUACACCUCGCCACGCAAUAGCGUCGCGGCCCACCAAAGUCUUUUGGGCGAGCUGCGAUGCAAAAGCUUCCUGACGCCGACUCCAUGGCCCCCAGCUGUAUCCAUCAUCAUAGAGUCUAUUGACCUGAGAGUAACUGAAGUCCCUAGUGUUGAUGAGCUUCUGAAAACCGAGUACCCCAUGUUUCACUUUGAGAAGACCCUCGCUGCGAAUGCAUUGGAUAUCUGUAUGGUCAUUCACACUUCGGGUUCGACUGGAAUCCCCAAGCCAAUUUUCUUCACCCACAAUACCGUUUCAACAAGCAUGAAAAUGAGCCGAUUGGAUCCACCGGAGGGUUUCGACAGCCUGGAUCGCAUGACAGAAGGAAAGCGAUUGUUCAUGACAUUCCCACCUUUUCAUGGUGCUUGCCUUGUUUGCCACUUGUUCUAUGCGAUUCCAUUCGGGACAGUGAUUAUUUCUCCGAUCUCUACAACGAUUCCUUCGGCCCGCGGGAUGGUCGAAGCAAUAAAGCAGACCCAAGUGGAUGGUGGCUUCAUAAUUCCUUCAAUCGUUCAGGAACUGGCCCAGGAACGUGAACUCUUGGAAUUCUGUGCCCAGAGAAUGGAAUUUCUGAUCUUCUGCGGUGGAGAUUUACCACAGAAUAUUGGAGACCCAGUGGCCGCAAAGAUUAAGCUAAUCAACCUGUACGGGGCCACGGAGUUGGGCCUGCUUCCUAUGGUUUUCUCUCGAACUAACCGUGGGCCGGAAGAUUGGAAGUAUGUUGAAAUUCAUCCAGACAUGGGUAUCGAAUUUCAGCACGUCGCAGACGACCAGCACGAGGUAGUUGUUGUGCGUCAUCCAGAUCUUGAAAAGCAUCAGCCAACAUUUGCCUACCGCAACUUUUCGGAUUUGCAGACUAAUCCCAUUUCCAUGGAGCAACAUAUAUUGUCGAGAAAUCCACAAGUCACUGGUGUCUUGGUUGUUGGCGCGCAGCGAUUUCAGGCCGCUCUGCUGAUCGAAAUAGACACAGGCGGGGAAGAGAUGUCGCCGUCUAAGCGCACUGCUCUUCUGGAGGUUGUUUGGCCCAGCAUAGAAGAGGCCAACGAGGUGUGCCCAGCACAUGCACGCAUUUUUAAAACGCAUGUCCUGUUCACUCGCCACGACAAGCCAAUGCUCCGUGCGGGAAAGGGUACCGUACAGCGCUCGGGAACACUAAAAUUGUAUACGAGAGAGAUUGAUGCCCUGUAUGCUGAAGCAGAGAGCAUUCUUCAACCCAAUGGAAGUAUCGGUCCAGGCAAGAGUGUGGAUCGCAGAGUCGUGUGUGAUUUCAUUAGGUCCACAGUCCUUGCCAUCACUCAAUGGACUGAGCUGGAGGAUACGGAAAACAUGUUUAUUCGGGGCAUGGAUUCCCUGCAGGCAGUUACCAUCUUUCGAAUCCUCCGCCAUGGCCUUGAGAUGAGUGCCAUUGAUGCUUCGUUGAUCUAUAUGAAGCCUUGCAUCUCCGAAUUCACAGAUACCAUCAUGCAACUGAAGAAGAACACUCUACCCUCUGCAGAGACAGGGCCUGCAAACAGACUCGAAGAAAGACAGAAGAUGUUGAAGCUGUUUCAAGAGAAGAUCGACCAGAUCAAAAAGCCAUUGUCACAGCCUGCUGUACCUGCCGAGUCACACCAUGUGAUUCUUACCGGAAGUACAGGUUCCUUGGGGACCUUCAUCUUGCGUGAUCUUCUGGCCAAUCCCUCAGUAGGUCAUGUCUAUUGUCUGAACCGGAGAGAUGGCGCCCACUCAAAACAGCUUGAGUCUAACAAGACUCAUCAUCUCGGGGCCGAGUUUGAUGACGCCCGAGUGACAUUUUUGAAAGUCGACCUGUCCAAAGAUCGGUUUGAUCUACCGGAAGAGACUUUUCAGACUCUUCAGGAUACUACGACAGCGGUCAUUCAUAAUGCCUGGCCAGUCAACUUCAACAUGUCUCUGUCAUCCUUUGAGCCGCAACUAUCCGGAGUGGUCAACCUCAUCUCAUUCUGUGCCUCUGCAGCUGCCCAUCCCCGUCUGUUUUUCAUUUCAUCCGUGAGUUCUGUAAUGACGCAUAUCUCCAAGUCCGGGGUGACCCCGGAACAUGUAGUCAUCCAUGACUCUCCCACACCGAACGGGUACGCCGAGAGCAAGUAUUUGGCGGAGCUCCUCCUCGACUAUGCGGCCAAGAAGCUGAUGAUUCCCCUCUCUUUGGCUCGUGUGGGACAGAUUUCUGGUGCGGUGAAGGCGCCUGGCCUCUGGAACCCAACCGAGUGGUUUCCCAGCUUGGUACUGAGCUCAUUGUAUAUCGGUGCAGUACCAGCAUCCUUGGGCCCCGCGAUGGGCCGCAUUGACUGGGUGCCAGUCGACCUACUUGCCAAUGUGAUUAUCCAGCUUGCACUCAGUCAGACUUCUGAGUCUGGGAUAGGGGCCGUGGAAGUUUUUCAUCCGAUUAACCUCCAUGCCCUGUCUUGGACCACUUUCCUCCCGACUGUGCUUGAGGCAAUCCGCGCAGUAACAGACAAGGAUCUAGACGUGAUCCCACUGGAGAAGUGGGUUGCCCUCGUUCGUCAGGAUAUGGAGGACAAGAGCCGAGACAACUCCGGAGACAAUAGGGAUUUGCAAGCGUUGCUGAAAGCCAACCCAGCCGUGAAGUUGUUGGACUUUUACGAGCAACUUGAGGCGCAGGACCAGGGUCAAACCCCAAAAAACGAAGCACGGAUUUGUGUGCCGAAUGUUCUGGACACAACACAAACAGCGGAGAAAAGCGAUGCGCUGCGCGCAGUCCCGGCAAUCAAGCGGUCGUGGUUUAUCAAGUGGGUCAGUGAGUGGAUAUGCGAGGACUAG